CGACAGCCAGAGAGAGGCAUCGGCGCACGGUGUCGAAGUGAAGUAGCAUCGCAUCGCAUCGACGUACAGUCCAGUGCAACCCCUCCAGUCGCGUGAAGCAGUUCGCCAGAACAAACAUAUGGAGCACCCAUCCCCGCUCCGCUCCCUCACUCCUGAGCUCCUCGUCCACGCGCUGAGCUUUGCCGACGCGGUCUCGCUGCUCGCUGCAUCGCGCGCCUGCGCCGCGCUCCGCGCCGCCGCAAACGAGGAGCAGGUGUGGACGGCGUUGCUCUGGCGCCACCACUCGCGCAUCCUGCGGCUCCUCUUUCACGGGCAGCCACCGCGGGAAAAUGACGGCCUCUCGCCAAAGCAGGCCUACUUCGAGUUCGCUCGCUCUUGGAAGCUCCUCGCGCAGCGGCGGUCGGGUCGCCUCCUCCUAAAGAUUGACGGCGAGGCGGCGGGCGGCCUGGCGGGCACAUUCGGAGUGUACGACGCGACCGAGUACGCGCCGCAGCACCCCGGCUUUGAGCUGAUCGUCGAGGACGCGGCGGAGGAGGAGGACUCGACGAGCACCUUUGCCGCCGCCUCGCACACGAGUCUGGCAAAGGCGAUCCUGCGCUCGCUCGCGGUGCCCGGGCUCGAGUGCAUCCGGUACGACGGCGAGGACGUGCAGCUCGCGGCUCUGCGGAGGCGGACGCUGCAUCGCUCCUACCUCCUCUGCCUUCGCGCGUGGGCGAGGCAAGCCGUGCGGUGGGCCGCCCUGCUCGCGGCCGCCCUCGUCCUCCGCGCCGCCUGCGGCGCGGCCUGCUCCGCCCUCGCCGACCUGUGUGCGACGCCGGCCGCGGCGUCUGCGGUCGUCGUCGCGCCGGCCGCAGCCGCGCUGAGGAGGCGGCGCGCCCGCAACAAGGAGCUGCGAUGACUCUAGAGAGAGCUCAUAGCUCUAGGGAGGCAGGGAGGCGUGCCCAACUUGUUGUCGUUUUUUGAGAAGCUCCGUGGUGCACACGUGUCCGUGCCAGCGCCAGUGUGCCUAGCAGUGUGCGCAGUGGUGUGGUCCCGCCCGCCGCCGCAGCCCGCACUUGCCACUUGAGGCACUUUGGAGUGCGGUCAUUACACAUUAGCCUGAGGAGCACUUGGGCAACUACAAAUAAAUAAAA